AUGGCUGCUGGAGAUGAAAGUAGCAAUGCGGUUGAGAAUGAAAAUGUUGAUGAAAAAAUAGUAGAUCCUGCUGUUCACAAGAAAACUUUUACGAGCUAUUGUAGCAAGAGAAUUAGAAGAAUCAGAAAAUCUCUUCACUUUGUUCAGGGAACAAAACAUCGUUUUCAGCCGAAGAAGAUUACGGAGGAUAUUCUUACGGAUGUUAGAUACCUCUACUUAUCGUUAAUGAUGACAGAGAGGGCCUGGGCAUAUGCCAUGCAGCUAAAACAAGAGGCCAACACUGAACAAAGGAAGCGCUUUCAUCUCGUUAGUCGACUUCAGAAAGCUGUGAAACAUGCUGAAGAACUAGAACAGUUAUGUAGCGGUCCCAAAUGUGAUGCUCGCACUAAAUUAGAAGCUCAGGCAUACACUGCAUGGAUUCGAGGAUCACUAAACUUCGAGCUACAACAGUGGCAACCAGCUAUGGAAUAUUUUAGGAAAGCACAGUAAGUAUAAAUGUA